GCACUUAUUCAGACCAUACUAAAUGUAACGACUGUGAUGAAAUGGGUCACUUCAAUAAAAGCCACCCGAAAUGCAUUAUCAUAAAGCUGUAUCCGCUGACGAUGGUAAGUUGAGCAUCGACCUGCUUUUAGUCACACAAACCGAGUAACAGACCAUCUCAUACUCGUAGUUGGGAGUCGCAAUAAGAAGAGAAAAACAGAGCACCAGUAAUAAAGCAGAGAAAAAGGCAGUGAAGAAGACGAAAAUGGCAUCACAAGCUGUAGAGUGUCCAAGUUGUGGGAAUGAUAACCAUGGUUAUUCUCGUUCGCCUCUUAGUCCUAAUCACAUACAAUCAAAGGAGGAGGCCAUUUCAUCAGUCCUUGGUUAUAAUCCUACUAUUUUUGUAACGAAUCUUCCUAUCGACCGUGCUGCUUUGUCACAGUUUCGUGAAAAGUUCAAGGAAAAGGUCAUUUCGUGCUGCAAGGACAUUACAGCUAUAGUGUUCCGCUGCCAACUAUUCGUCAAUGCCUAUCUUGUUCAUAACAAGAAUGACAUUCCUUGAGAAGUCUUCACACAGCAAUUUUGGUAUUCCAUUGAGCAACUCGUUAUGGGUAAAAGUUUACUCACAAGAAGGCGUUGAACGACAGCAUCAAAAUUUAUUUUGAUGACUUUAAGCAAAAGCAUCCGACAAUAGUAAUUAGUCAUGGCUUCACCAAAGGUUAUAGUCAUUGUCUCAAAGAAGCUGCCAAGGAAAUAAGCGUUUCAUAUACUUACUCCAUUGUUGAGCUUUUCGAGAAGCGAAUGCUUAAAUAUUCAACCUAUAAGCUACAAAACAUGUUUGUU